AUGCUGGAGCCGAUCCUGCACCAAGGUCGGACUGGACCGGCCAUGCUGGGCUUUGCCCCGCGGACCGCGACCGACGAACGUGCAGGAAGCAGCCCCGUCGCGCUUCUUACAGUUGGUGCAGGGGUAAAUGCGAUCACAUUUGAGCCUGUGCGAAUUAGUCUUGGCGCGAAGAACUCCCACUGCUUCGGGGAACAAGCUUACUUGCGAUAUCUGCAAGCCGUGCACGAGAACUGGACCCGCGUUCUCUUCUUCGGCGCUGGACCGGCCUCCCCACCCAGCGGGUCGUGA